GGUACAAAAACAAGUCACGUACACAGAUGUCACAGCAUCCCUCAAUGUAGAGCGGGCUAUAUAAAGUUGCGAGGCGGGAUUCCCAACCAUAGAGGGAGAGAGUCACCACAGGAGGCACUGGAUCUUCCAAUUGUUAUUCACUUGUGGUAGAGACUUGAACAACAGUGAUGGGUGGAUCUGGUGUGUCACUGCUGCUGCUGUUGGCUCUCCUUCACUUGAGCGCCGGUCUGUCUUGUCCAAGAUGUAAUCGCAGUAAGUGUCCCGAGGUGACCUGCCCCGGCAGUGUAGGCAGUGACAUCUGUGGCUGCUGUCCAAAAUGUUUCAAGGUUCUUGGUGAACCAUGUGGAGGUAUCUGGAACCAUGCUGGCUUGUGUGAUGAAGAAUUUAUUUGUAGUAACCCAUCAAACUUAAGGGACCAGACACCUGGUGAAUGUAAGCUCAAGGUGUAUGAAGAUUAAAUGCUGACUCACCCUAUGAAGAGGACAAUAGGUGCCAUUUUUGGUCAUCAAUGAAGAGGACAACAGGUGCCAUUUCUGUUCAUUAACCUGCAACAAUUAUCUUUUACAUCACUAUAAAAUGUUGUUUUAAUCCAAUUACCUUGAGAGCCCUGAGCCAUUAUGUUAAAUUGUGUUUUCAUUUUUUUGUAAGUGAACUUCAUUCACAAUUUAGGGACCAGUCGCUGAAGCAAUUACUGUAUCUUCCUCUGUAAUAUCUUGACAGCAUCUACCAGUCUGGAAUAAGAUACACAAUAAAGUUAGCAAAGUAAA